GUGGAGAUCAAGGUGAUCAGGGAUACCUUCUGGCUUCGGUUGGUCACCAUGGGAGAUUUGGGUUUCGCAGAGGCUUACAUGGCUGGUGACUGUGAAGUCUCGAAUCUACCUCAGGUUUUCAGAAUCUUCAUUCGAUCUCGACCUUCUCUCGCAUCGACCAACAUACCAGGAGUUUCUACCCUCCCUUCGAAAUUGUUCAGAUAUAUAUCUUCUCUUACGAAUUCCCGUUUUGCAAAUACACUCUCAAAUACAAUCUUCAACAUCAGUGCUCAUUAUGAUCUUUCAAACGGAAUGUUUUCCGCUUUUCUCAGUGAUGACAUGACCUAUUCAUGUGCCAUCUUCCCCGAACUCGACGCGGAUCUAUCUGCUCAAAAGCUCCAUCAUCUCAACAAUGGGCAAGACGAAUUAGAAGACGCUCAGAUGGCAAAGAUUAGACAUAUCAUACGUCAAGCUGAUAUCAGACAAGGUCAUCGAGUGUUAGAGAUAGGAAGCGGGUGGGGGAGUUUUGCGAUUGAGGCGGUCAAGCAAACGGGUUGUACCGUUGAUACUAUCACUUUAUCUGCUCAACAGAAGAAACUCGCGGAGGAAAGGGUCAAAAAGGCUGGUUUAGGUGGGAGAGUCAGAGUUUGGUUGAUGGAUUACAGAGCUCUGCCCGAAAGUUGGAAAUCGUCAUUCGACAGGGUAGUCUCCAUCGAAAUGCUCGAACAAGUCGGUAAAGAAUUCACUCCUGGUUAUUUCUCCGUGCUCGACUCUGUAUUGAAGUCCAACGGAGUGGCUUGUUUCCAAGUCAUCACUAUCCCAGAAAGUCGUUUUGAGCAAUACCAGAAAGGAAUCGACUUUAUACGUAAAUGGAUCUUUCCAGGUGGUUUCCUUCCUACUAUCAGCUUCAUCACCGAUGCUAUACAGGUAGGAGCGAACAACAGGUUGAUUAUUGAUUCCGUCUCUAAUAUCGGUCCGCAUUACGCUCGUACCUUGAGAGAAUGGAGACGAAGGUUCUUACAGAACUUCGAUGAGCUUAUAUCUCCUGCGUUACGGGCUGAACAUCCGGAAAUGACUGCUGGAGAUAUCGAGGUUUUCAAGCGGAAAUGGUUAUACUAUUUCUGUUAUUGUGAAGUAGGUUUCUCUGAGAGAAUUCUAGGGGACCAUAUCUUCACUUUGGUCAGGGAAGGUAACAGAGAA